UUUUCGUUGCGACGGAAGAAUCAAAAAAUCAAUCGCGAGGCUUGAGAAUCAAUGGAUAUGCAGAAUGAAAUCGAGAGAUUGAUGGUCUUCGAACAUGCUCGUCAAGUAGCAGAAGCAACCUAUAUCAAAAACCCUUUAGAUGUCGAUAAUUUGACGAGAUGGGCAGGAGCUUUACUGGAACUAUCACAGUUUCAGAAACCCUCAGAGUCAAAGCAGAUGAUUUUAGAGGCCAUUUCGAGGCUGGGAGAGGCGUUGUUAAUCGAUCCAAAGAAGCAUGAUGCUCUUUGGUUAAUUGGGAAUGCUCAUAUUUCAUAUGGGUUUUUGAAUCCUGAUCAGACAGAAGCUAGAGAUAACUUUGAGAAAGCUUCUCAGUUCUUUCAACUAGCUGUGGAGGAGCAACCGGAGAACGAACUCUAUCGGAAAUCAGUGGAAUUGGCUUCCAAGGGUCCAGAACUACAUAAAGAGGUUCACAGACACGGUUUAGGCCCACAACCAUUAGGCGGCACCGCUGGACCAUCAUCUACCAGUGCAAAGACGAUGAAGCAAGAAAAGAACAGUGAGUUCAAGUAUGAUGUGUUCGGAUGGGUCAUCUUAGCCGGUUACGUUGUUGCGUGGAUCAGUUUUGCCAAAUCUCAGAUGCCGGAGUCAAGGCAAUAACACUCACCAAGAGCGUCUAAAGACCAGGACUUUUUCUUAUGCAUUUUGAAUCAAAAGAGUUUUAUCAUUGUAACAACUCCUAGAACAGAUUUGAAGUUAUGAAUCAGAGACUCAGAAAAUGUAUAAGAACUCAUAUUAUCCUGUGGAAAUUAACAUACAAAUCAGUG